AUGGGCCUCUCAAACCCCUCGUUCCCCUCCUCUGCCGCCUUCGACGCCAUCUCCUCAGCGCUCUCGAACGAAUCUGACCGCAAAGAUGCCAUAAAACAGGGAGGUGCCAUCUUCGCCUUCACCCUCAAAAACGCCUCUAACCAAGAAGCCUCCUGGAACAUUGAUCUCAAAGAAUCCGGAGCCGUCAGCACUGGAACCGCUCCCGAAGGCAAGAAGGCAGACGUGACCUUGAUUCUGUCAGACGAGAACUUCGGGAAGUUGGUAGAGGGAAAGGCCAAGGCACAAACACUAUUCAUGAGCGGGAAGCUGAAGGUCAAGGGGAAUGUGAUGAAGGCGACCAAGCUGGAGCCGGUGUUGAGCAAGGCGCAGCAGAGUGGGGGGAAGGCGAAGUUGUGA